CAAAUAGGAAAAAGCAAGCUACAGAAUACUGAAAAGGGUUUUAUACUUGAGCCAAAGGAAAUUCCAAAAUUGUUGCUAUUUUUAUAAAAUAUAAUUUAUAAAUCUGUUAUACAUAAAUGUAAUGGAGACGCUGUCCAUUAGCAUAGUCGCUUUUUUACAGCUGCUGGGCUACUCUUACUUUAUCAAACAGCCGGAGGAUCAGUGCUCCCCCUCACCGCCCUUCGGCAGCUGGGUCUUUCUGCUGGCGACACUCUGUUUUCUAUGGGACUUGAAAAUCUAUCCAUGUCGCUUUAUGCACAUGGCCAGGCAUUGGCAGCUGCUUGUCGAGAUUGUGGGCGGCCUGUUGCUGACCGAGAUCGCAACACUGAUCGUUUGGUGCGGCGUGGAACGCGUAAUCUUCUGGCUCACACAGGAGCUGAUUCAUCUACUUGACCUUGAUGACUGUCUACACGGGCUGCACGAGUACUCGCUGCAUAGCCUGACCCCUGUUGCAGUGAGUGGAGCGCUACUGUGGUUCAUUAUCGAAGCCACCGAUACCAAGUAUUGCCUGGUCAACUCCGUGCGCAAGAUGAGGCGCAACUGGCAACAAAUGCUGCGCAUGCUGAGAAUCGUCUGCCGCAUGAACAACAGCGACAGACGCCGCACCCUAAGAGCCUGCAAACUGGCCAUGUUUCCGCCCAGACGUGGACGCUGUAAGCAGGAGGAGGAGGAUGAUGACGAAGAGGGGUUAGGCCUGGAUGAUGAAGCAGAAGAUACCGACUGAAUUGGUGGGUCUCCCACUAAACAAAUCAUGUCCUCGCAAUUCCGUGUUGUGUUCUAUCUAUUUGGAAUUUAUAUUGCGAUUGCAUAUCUCGACACGACUUUUACGCUACACGCAACGGAAAUUUACUUUCCUCCAGUCCCAUUUGUUGCCCCACGCCCCCCCACCAUUUUGGCUAUAUCUGUAACAAUAAAUUUCGUUGCACGAACAGAACAAGAACAAAA